AUGGCUUCUUAUCAGAAACUUAUAUCUGUAAUAGUGUUUUCUUUAUUUCUUUUUAAUAUCAUAUCCGCAGACAAUGUUUUCAACAGUAAAUUGGCGGGUGAAUGGAAGUAUUUCAACGAAGAGAGCUCAAAAGCGAUUGAAUUGGCUAAGUUUGCAAUAUCUGAGCACAACAAACAAGUUGGGACAAAAAUAGAGUACAGUAGUGUUAUUAAUGCUGACUAUCAAGUGGUGGACGGUAUCAAAUAUCGCCUCCACAUCGCCGCCAUGGUUGGACAGUACAACGCAGUUGUUUGGGUCAAGUUAUCUCCUAAAUCGAAAUCACUUAUCUCCUUUGAACGAGAAAUUUAA